CCAUCUCAUACAUUCGUCGGAGCCCUCGAAGCAUGAAGUCGCAUAAUGCACCCAUUAAAUCCGUUUUUGCGCGCCUUCUUCCAGAGCGCCUUGCCAGCGCAAUGUAAUCCCGCCAAUCAGCACAUCUUGCUGGUUCCGACCACCGAAGUUCUGCUACAUGCGAAAGAUCGGGACUCCAAUGCCAGCUACGCCGAGCUCGCAGGCACUGAGGAUUUUCUCGCCAGUCAUGUCCUACGUGUUACAGGAGGCGGGCCUCCUGGCGAACAAUCGAACAAGGAUGGUGGACAUCCUAGGGAAAAUAAGACUAAGGCGAGGCAAUAUUCGACCAUCAACGGAAGGACGGUUAUCAUCAAGGAUGCGUUCGUGUACAGCAACAAAGGCUUCAAGACGUUGAACCAAGCACAACUGUUGGGAGAUACCAUUUACUAUCCGGAUACGUCAGAUGGCCAACAAUGGCUCGUGUACUACAUUUCGCGCCCGCUCAUUGGCAGCAUUCAGUCAACAGUGCCCAUUCCUGCGGUGAUCAGUGAUGAGCCUAGCAAAGAGCGUAGGAGAGUGCUUGCGGAAGCGACGGACACCACUACCGCGAAGGCAACAGCUGGCACAUCAACGCUUAAGAAAAAGGAUAUCAAGAGCUUUGCCGAUGUACUCGAGCAAUUCCCUAUCAUUUCGAGACAAAUGCAGAGCGGACUAGAAAAGGUCAUUCGUGAUUUUACUGCGAUCCAUGACAACCCGCUUGCGCCUGCCAAGCGUCCACGCGCGACAUCGCAGAGCUCCCAUCGGACAUUCUCGUCAUUCAGUGAUGUGUCUUCGAUCCGUUCUUCCCGAUCUGGUGUCAGCACCAGUACCGCCCAUCCGACAUCUUUAGAGCUGGAACCCGAAGAGCAGACCCUCAGAACUUCGCUCGAGACAGCUAUCAUCGCAGCAAUUGAUCUUUUUCAGAGCGUAGACAAACACCAACUUUCACUUCUCGGUGCCAGCACCGAGCUGACUGGUCCAGCUGUCGAGCGCCUGAUUGAACGAUACGUAGUAGAACAAAUUCAUGAUCAGACUUUAUUUCGUCAUAUAUGUGCGGUGCGCAAAUCCGACGACUGGGACUUGGAUUUCAAGAUUCGCAAGAUGUCAAAUAUUGACAUAGCGCAGGUGGGCGUGCCGAUCGAGGACGGGAUGAAGGGCAAGCGCGGUCUUGCAGCGCGAUUGGCGAAAGGCAUUGAGGCGUUCAAGAGGAUGGGAGUAGCUGGAAGUCCUCAGGAAAUGCUCGAGAUUCUACUCAAUACGCAAAAGGUCAUCACGGAGAAUGGAUCUGACAGCAGUGGGGACACGUCCGACUCUGCAGACGUGGAGCCGUCCACUCCAUUGACAGUCAAUGCCGAUGUACUGGUAUCCAUGCUUCUCGUCGUCGUUAUUCGCAGCGAAGUCAAGCAUUUGCAUUCAAGAUUGCUUUGCAUGCGCUACUUCAUCUUCACUGACGAGGUGGAGAUCGGCGAACAAGGCUAUGCGUUGGCAACCCUCGAGGCUGUCCUUUCGCAUCUUUCUACGGGAUCCAAUGCCCUGCGACGAGCCAGCAAGCACAACAAGCUGUUGUGGCAGUCGGUCAGAGCAGGCGAUAUCAAAGCUGUCAAAGCUAUGAUGCGGCCCAACGCUACAGACAUGGACUCUGGAGCAUCACCCGACGGCGAUGCAGAUGACUCCUCUGAAGACGAUGAGAGUACCAACGAAGAGCUCGUAGUGACUCGAAACGUCCACGAUGGACAUGCUGAGAGUUCGCGCGACGAAUUUGCCGCUGGACAUGGGUCCUUACAACACAUCUUUCCCUUUCAACGACCUCCCACGCCGCCACCUGAUCAGGCUGGAAAGAUCUCAAAGAAGCGUGUCUCUAUGGCAUCCUUACCACGCAGCCUUUCAGCUUCUUCGCUACAUUCUUCGGAAGCGCACUCACGGAAUAUGAGCGUUGUGUCUGUAGGAAAUGGCACCUCAACAGAUGAUCUCUCCGUCGAUAAGUUGGCUCAGACGCAAGACGCCGACGGCAAUUCUGUGCUCAUGAUGGCAAUUGACUCAAGCCGUCGAGAUAUUUUGAAAUUUUUCCUCUCUAUGCCAGCCCACUUCCGCAUCGCUUUCGUCCUGGACGACAUCAAUCACGAGGGCACCACAUUACUCAGCGCAGCUGUACAGUCCGGGAACAGGGCACUUGCCGAUGAGCUUCUAGAUUUCCUAGAAACUAACGCAUCUGAGGAAGAGCUUUGCCAGUAUUUUCUGCUGCAAGAUUCAAAGGGACGCGGAGCUGCUCACUACCUUUUCCACCAACCCCAUCUCAUGCAGAGGUUCGGCACAAAAUUGCCUUGGCGUCAAAAAGACAAGAUCGGUCAGACGCCACUUUUUGCUCUGUUCAGAUCCUACGACCAUGAGCUCUACCACGCUAUGGUGGAUCAGGCCAUUAAACUCGCGACCGAUGCUCAGGGCGACGGCGAACGCUUGCACCUCGACGACCAUAUCGAUCACAAAGGCAAUACACUAUUACACAUCGUUACCGACAACAGCAUCGCUGUCAAGCUCAUGUAUCACUGCGACUGCGACGUCAACGCUACCAACGACAAACGCUUCACACCACUUAUGGUGAGCAGCAAAUACGGCCGGACAGAGCUCCUCAGAACCUUGUUCGGAGAUAUCCGUGUAGAUCUGACUAUGCGUGAUUUCCGUGGUCUCACAGCUGUGGAACUUGCAAAGGAUGAUGAUGUCCGGAACCGUAUUGAUGACUUGGUUCUGCUGUCCGUUCCGCCAGGUAGAGAUGGUCGCAUGACUACUGUGGUGCGCGCUUUCUUUGUCGAGGAUGCAACAGUGCGUCUGGUGCUCAAGUCGGGCGCACCCAAUCCUAAUGGUACUAUCACGGUCACUACGUGUCGGCGCGCAGCCGCCGACUUUGAAACGCUUUCCAAGCUGCUCUCCAUUGAGUGCCCUGCCAGUUGGCUUCCCACUCACUUCAAUUUGCCCUCGCCAUACUUGAUCCCGCACAAGCCAUCGAGAGCCGUACUUCGCGAUACCCAGAUCAGACUCGACAACUUCUUCCAAGGUCUCCUGACGCAUGGCACUUUCUCCACCCACGAGCUGGUAUGGGAGUUCUUCCUUGUGCCUGACAUCGACACUGCAAUGCUGUCAGAACGAACCAGGCGCAAAGCCGAAACACGCAUCGAAAACCUCAAAGACGACUACGAACCUGUGACGGACACUCAGGGCGUGGAAAAUUUCGUCGCCUUUGCCCGCGACCAAGUCAAAGGUGUCACUGGCGCCGUCCGUCGCACACUUCGUACCGUGAACCGCCAACGCAUGCGAGCCAACGACCUAGCCGAAGCACAGAUGUUGGUCGCAACUGGAAUCUCCGCAUUGACGGACCUCCCGUCCGCACACGCACGAGCCUACGCCCGCUACAGCAAGACAUUACAACCGAGCGAGUCAUCGCCCAUGGUCGGGCUAUACUACAGCCUACACUCGAUGCACUCGACCAGCACCGCUCUGCAAGUCGCGACCAACCGGCCCGCCUAUCUCAUCGGCAGCAUGAAUCAAGCCCAGCGCACCAUCGACCGCGUCAUGGGCUCGCUGUCCCGCAGCAAUCGCUGGACGCCACGCAUUGGCGGUCUUUUCGACGAGACCAAAAAAGCAAAUGCGCUGGACGCUUGGGAUAAAGCUGGCAAGGCACGCGGGGAGCUAGAGGGUCUAGCGUGCGAGCUGCGGUACACUCAGCAGACUAUCGCUGGCGAGCUAGCGGUCUGGCAGGAGGAACAUGUCACGGCGGGCCGGGCAAUGUUGAGAAAGUUGGCGAGGGAAAGCCUCGUGCGAGAGAGGUCAAAAUUGGAUACUCUGCGGCGGGCUCUACGCGAGGCGAGAAUGGGGUCGUAAUGAUUGGAAGUUGAAGGAUUGACGAGUGGCUGGAUCACUGACAUGAUAAUUCUCAUACAUGAGACUCUUGUAUUCACAUAGGAAAAAAUAAGUCCAAAUGUUCUGGCAUGCCUGCGGGCGCGUAAAACAGAGGUUGACAUGUAAAACACAAUGCAAGAUCAGACAGAUGUAGCUCUUGCACUGAUCUCUUAGGUGCCUCCCGCAGCAUCUCAAGAGGUUUUGUACAUGUAUUCCGUGCUCCCCCGGCCU